AUGCUUCCACCGAAUUUUCAAAUCACGCUGUUUCCCGAUAAAAAGAUAGAGAAAUUUCGGGAUUCGGUGAUUCGUCAAAUAGAAGCAUUGGAACGUAGAUCGUUUCCGAAAAAUGAAGUUAUGGCGAUCAAAGAAGAAAUGUCCAAAAGAGUCAAUAAGUUAUUGAUCGCUUAUUAUGAAUUGGAGCAAAAGGAAAAAAUAGAGGGACCUGUGAAGCAUAAUGGUCAAAGGGAAUCAAGAAUUCAUCACGGUGAAGAAGCUGAAAUCAGAAUUAUAGCAUAUCUGAUAUAUUCUCAUGUCUCAUCAAAGACCUUACCGCUGACGAAAGUUUUAAAGUUGUGUGUUCAUCCGUCGUACCGGAGAAAUGGAUUAGGAAGAAUGUUGUUAGAAUGGGUUUUCGAAAAGACCGGCGUGCCCAAGAAGAGUAAAGCGAAUUUACACGUGGACAAAACGCGAGAAGGUGCCGUGAAUUUAUAUCAAAAGGUUGGAUUCAAGGUCGUGGAACAAGUGAUUGAUUAUUAUGAAGUUGGAAGAGAUGCGUUGUUGAUGGAAUAUGAAGAGUCAUUUUAG